AUGGCGGCCCUUCCCGGCGCGGUACCCAGGAUGAUGCGACCCGCUCCGGGGCAGAACUAUCCCCGCACCGGCUUCCCUCUGGAAGUGUCCACCCCGCUUGGCCAAGGCCGAGUCAAUCAGCUUGGUGGGGUCUUCAUCAACGGGCGCCCCCUGCCUAACCACAUCCGCCACAAGAUUGUGGAGAUGGCCCAUCACGGCAUCCGGCCCUGUGUCAUCUCCCGCCAGCUGCGCGUCUCCCAUGGCUGUGUCUCCAAGAUUCUCUGCCGCUACCAGGAGACCGGGUCCAUCAGGCCUGGGGCCAUCGGCGGCAGCAAGCCCAGACAGGUGGCGACUCCGGAUGUGGAGAAAAAGAUCGAGGAGUACAAGAGGGAAAACCCGGGCAUGUUCAGCUGGGAGAUCCGGGACCGGCUGCUGAAGGACGGGCACUGUGAUCGCAGCACCGUGCCCUCAGGUUUAGUGAGUUCGAUUAGCCGCGUGCUCAGAAUCAAGUUCGGGAAGAAAGAGGAGGAGGACGAAGGGGACAAGAAGGAGGACGAUGGCGAGAAGAAGGCCAAACACAGUAUCGAUGGCAUUCUGGGCGACAAAGGGAACCGGCUGGAUGAGGGCUCGGACGUGGAGUCGGAACCCGACCUCCCGCUGAAGCGCAAGCAGCGGCGCAGCCGGACCACGUUCACGGCCGAGCAGCUGGAGGAGCUGGAGAAGGCCUUCGAGAGGACCCACUACCCCGACAUCUACACCCGCGAGGAGCUGGCGCAGAGGACCAAGCUGACGGAGGCGCGCGUGCAGGUCUGGUUCAGCAACCGCCGUGCCCGUUGGCGUAAACAGGCAGGAGCCAACCAGCUGGCAGCCUUCAACCACCUCCUGCCGGGGGGCUUCCCGCCCACGGGCAUGCCCACGCUGCCCCCGUACCAGCUGCCGGACUCCACCUACCCCACCACCACCAUCUCCCAAGAUGGGGGCAGCACUGUGCACCGGCCCCAGCCCCUCCCACCGUCCACCAUGCACCAGGGUGGCCUGGCUGCGGCCGCAGCUGCUGACACCAGCUCUGCGUACGGAGCCCGCCACAGCUUCUCCAGCUACUCCGACAGCUUCAUGAACCCGGGGGCCCCCUCCAACCACAUGAACCCCGUCAGCAACGGCCUGUCUCCUCAGGUGAUGAGCAUCCUGAGCAACCCCAGCGCCGUGCCUCCGCAGCCGCAGGCUGACUUCUCCAUCUCCCCGCUGCACGGAGGCCUGGACUCUGCCUCCUCCAUCUCGGCCAGCUGCAGCCAGCGGGCCGACUCCAUCAAGCCCGGAGACAGCCUGCCCACCUCCCAGUCCUACUGCCCACCCACCUACAGCACCACCGGCUACAGCGUGGACCCCGUGGCUGGCUACCAGUACGGCCAGUACGGCCAGACUGCUGUUGAUUACCUGGCCAAAAACGUGAGCCUGUCCACACAGCGUCGCAUGAAGCUUGGGGAGCACUCUGCUGUGUUGGGACUCCUGCCUGUGGAAACUGGUCAAGCCUACUAG